AUGACAGACUUUGGCCCUGAUGAUACAGCAGAGAUGGUUGCUCACAUCUUCAAUCAACUGGUCGCACUGGAAGAUGUCACUAAGAAGGAAAAUAUUGAUUGCGAGCUUCGUGUGACUCGAUCUUUUGAUAUCUACUUUGAUGAAGUUCAUGCUUGUGAGAUGAAAGAGUUUGUUUUAGCUCAUAAAGCUGAUCCAUGGGCUGAACACAUGAGAUGGAUUGACGCUCCAGAGUCAGAUCAGAUAACUGGAGUUAAGAACACCAAGGGUGCUAUCAGUGUCCCUGCUGUCUCUCUUUGGCCAUACAAGCUAGUCACAGCUCUAUUGGCCAGAGUAUUAGAACUCGGUGGAAAGCUUUACACUCAAACAUGCGUUGAAAAAGUUGAAGAAUUUGCUGAUUAUACAACUCUGACAACAUCGAGGGGUGAAUUAAAGGCCAGCAAAACAAUCUUCGCAACGAACGCCUAUACAGCAGCUUUACUACCCCAGUUUGAGGGCGUCAUCACCCCCUUCAAGGGACAGAAUUCGCAUCUUGCUCCCGUAUCUUCUUUCACUCCCGCAAAGAAACUUGACCAUACUUACAACUUGCAUUUUAAUCCGCGAUAUGCAAACUAUCUUAACCCAAGGCCCGAUAACGGAAUCAUUCUCGGGGGUGCCAAAUGGACAUACGAAGGCAAGAUUGAUCGGAAUGAAUGGUGGAAUUCCACUGAUGAUACAACAUUGAUCAAUGAUGCUGCUACGGAGCAUUUUAAUUCAGUGAUGGAGACGCAUUUCCAAGGAUGGGAGAAUGCCAAAGCAUACCAUGAUGCAAUUUGGACUGGAAUAAUGGGCGAGACUCCAGAUGCUCUACCACACAUUGGGAAAGUUCCAGGCUCAUCUAACCAAUGGCUGUUAGCUGGGUUUAAUGGGGCUGGAAUGAUGUUGAUAUUUACUGCUUCUCAAGGUGUUGCAAGAAUGAUUGUGAAAGAUGUUGAUUAUGAGGACACCGGUCUUCCAAGACUGUUCAAAUCGACCUCGGAAAGGUUGGCAGUUAAAAAUUCUGGCUUCUUUUAG